CCACACCUAACUCCACCAUCUAAAAUACAUAUUCAAAGUCCCUUUCUUCUUAUUCUUCUUCAUCUUCAUUCUCUCCUAUAUAUAUAUAUCCUUAACUUGUUUCCAAAUCGCGUUCUUGACUCAUUAGUUUAACCUUCUUCAGAGCUCCAUUUUGGCUGAAGUUGAAAAAAGAUGAGAAGAAACUGUAACUUGGAACUAAGGCUUGUCCCUCCUUGUGUUUCUGUUUCUCCUAAAGAUUGCACUACGACCCCUUACUUCUCCAUGAGGGAUAACCAGGGCACAGAAGAGAAGCAACAGCAGCAGCUAACAAUAUUCUACAAUGGAAAAGUUGUGGUUUCUGAUGCUACAGAGCUUCAGGCGAAAGCAAUAAUAUAUCUCGCAAGUAGAGAAACGGAGGAGAAUACAAAGACUUCAUCACCAAUUUCAGAAUCAUCAUCACCAUUGUUACAAACUCAAACUGGUCUUUCCAUGAAGAAAUCUCUGCAAAGAUUUCUGCAAAAGAGAAAAAAUAGAAUUCAAGAAACUUCUCCAUAUCAUCACUAGCUAGUUGAUACUAUUUGUACUGAUUUCUGAUAACCUUUUAUUAAUUUGUUUUUUCAUUCUUUUUGCCCUUCUUUAUCUGGUGUGGUCUUGGGGGUAUAAAGAAGGAGAACCUUUUCGUGUCAUUACUGAUGACAUGCUCUCAGAUAUGUAAAUUAGUACUAUCAUAUAUGGAAAUAUAAUGGAUGAAUGAUGCUAGAUUUCGCAAA